UUUUACAUAAGAAAAAAUAUCUUAUUGUAACUCACUGUUGUCACUGUCACCAUUGUCAACGCCCAGCAUUUAUUGUUUCCUGUUUGCACAUAGCAGCUCCACCUGCUUUUGGUCAUUACGAGAGCAGCGCUGCGUUCUCUUCACACCAACACAAACUACAAGCAGAUCAGCAUGGUGUUAAAUUGCUCAAACCUCAAUAACCUGCUGGAGCGCUACUACUUGUCGCCUUUCUAUGGACUUGAGUUCUGCUUUGGUUUCCCCGGCAACCUAUUGGUUGUUCUUGGUUACAUAUUUUGCUUGCGAAAGUGGCAAAGCACCAAUAUUUACCUAUUCAGUCUGGCUGUGUCUGACCUUAUUUUCCUCUCCACAUUACCGAAGCUCUCCUACCACUAUGGAGCUGGCCAAUCAGAAACCAGUCCUUAUGUGUGCAUCGUCAACCGCUAUUUACUGCAUGUCAACCUCUACUCUUCCAUCCUUUUUAUGGUUUGGAUUAGCAUGGACCGCUUCCUGCUUAUUAGACAUCCAACACGGAACCACUUCCUGCUGAGGCCACAGGCGGCGCUGAUCGUCACAGGGCUGAGCUGGGUCGCUAUCAACGUGGAGGUGGCUCCCCUGAUAAGUCUCAUGGUCCACGACCUGCGGACAGGAAACAGGAGUAUCUGUCAGGAUUUUACAAGUCUAACUGGGGACAUCAGUCUGUUAGGCUACAGUCUUGGACUAACUCUGACCGGAUAUGUUAUGCCUCUGCUUGUGCUCUGCUUUUCAUCCCAUCAAAUUGCACAAAUUCUCCAUGCUCAAGAAAGAGCUCUGGAGCACAGCACUAAAUCAUACAAGCGGCCUCUCAGGGUUGUUACAGCAGCUGCAGCCAUGUUUCUGGUUCUUUACACACCAUACCACGUGAUGAGGAAUGUCAGAAUAGCAUCAAGGGAGAUCUUGGUAGGGCUGGAGUCAUGCACAAUGAUAUACAUAGAGGUUGUGUACAUUGUGACCCGACCGAUUGCCUUUUUGCACAGUGUCAUCAACCCAGUCUUCUACUUCUUCAUGGGUGAUAAGUUCAGAGAGUUACUGUUAGCAAAACUGAGACAGGCAGUAAUGAAGACGGAGAGACAAAGGGAACCAUAAUCUUAAAACUCAAGAGACCCGUACAAAAAGAAAAGACCUGUAUAAAACACCUGUAUAAAAAGAAACAGAACUGAACUGUGUGCGGAUGCACGUGUUACUGUUUAUUUUGUUUUCAAACUGUGAUUUCUAUGUUUUCUACAAUGUUUCAAUGUAAGUCAAU